GAAUUCCGACCCUGCGACCGUCCACUGCGCUCUCUUCUCGAACACUGUCGGUCCAAGAUCGAUCCUCCAGCAUUUGCACAUCCACAUCACCCGCACAUCCACACCAUCCGCACAUCCACAAUGUCGACACAAUCGCCGUCCUGGAUCAUUCCUGCCGAGAGCAUCACCAACUGGGUCCUCGCUCCCGUCGCCCACGGCGGCUUUGGCGAGGUCUACCGAGCCUCAUACAACGGAAUCGACGUUGCUGUGAAGCAGCCCUUCCGCGGCCAGAACAAUCGGUUGCUGGACGACUUUCGGAAGGAAAUCGCCAUCUGGAGCAAGCUGAGCCAUCCGCACGUCCUGCCGUUCAUCGGCGCCUGCGACAACAACUCCAAGCACUGCGUCGUCUCGCCAUUCAUGCCCAACGGCACACUCCACGCCUAUAUCAGCAAUCCAAGCUCCGUGCGUCCCCUCAACGAAAAGCUCUGUCUCCUCUACCAAGUGGCCUCGGGCAUGGCGUAUCUGCACGCAAACAACAUUGCCCACGGCGACCUGAAGCCGAUCAACGUUCUGAUGGACAAGUCCUUCUCGGCCGUCAUUGCCGACUUUGGCCUGGCCUGCAUCCGAGCCGACUCGGACCGAAGCGACAACAGAGAGGGCUCGAUUUCCGGCACUCCCGGCUUCAUGGCCCCCGAGCUGCUGGGUGGGCCGCACCAAACGCUGAUCACCAAGCGCUCGGACGUCUUUGCCUUUGCCAUCACUGCGGUCGAGGUCAUCAAGGACGGCCGGCCCGCAUGGACCCGCAAUGGCAACCGCCUGGAUAACGGCUCGAUCACCAGACAUGUUCUUCGCGGCGACCGACCCGCACGCAUCAGCGGUGUCUCUGAUGACGUCUGGCAGCUCAUCAGCGAGUGCUGGGCACAGGCUCCCGACAGUCGCCCAAAGUUCCCCGCCAUCGUCGAGGCCCUCGACUGUUACAAGGACUAUAUCCGCCCGACCCCCGAGCAGCCCAGCUCCUCGGACCCAUCGGACCCAUCGGACCCACCCAAGUCCCCCGACACAUCCAAGUCCUCCCAGGCCGUGUCCGUGGAUCUUCCCGCCGACUGCAAUCUGUCGCCGUCGAUGGUCCAGCGCUUCCGUGCCGGCGAUCCCGACGCCGCCCUCGAUAUCGCCGAGAGCUUGCUCAAGCCGCCAGAGCUGCCGGAGCUGCCAGAGCCGCCGCGGGGUCUGUUCAAGUUCCUUGCCAAGCACACCGCCCACCACUCGGCUUCUCAGCCUUCCCAGCCCUCCCAGCCCAACAACAAAACUCCCCUCCAGAUCUUCCAGCAUCUGGCCGACGGAGACAACCCCGAGGCCUGCUUCUAUCUCGGCUGGAUGUACAUGAUCGGCAUGGGUGUCAACCAAGACUUUGAAAAGUCCCUUGAGUACUGGACCAAGGUCCACAAGAAAUCUGGCGACCCGAUGCUUGCUCCCAUCGCCUUGCAUAUGCAAGGCUGGCUCCGGUAUCUCGGUCGCGGAGUGGACAGAGACACCGUCACCGGCAUCAAGCAAAUCCAGGAGAGCGCAACAUACACUUCCGACUUCAAAUUUGGCGAGAGAUCGUGUCUGAGCGGCUUUGUACUGGUGUCGUCGAGGUCGGCUGCGGCCUGCAAGUACUUUGAGCUCUGUCACAUGGGAUCCGAGCACGACUGGCUCUGCAAGCAUCUGACGGCCGUGUGCUAUGUCAACGGGUUCGGCACCGAGCAGGACAAGAACCGGGCCUUCACGAUCUUCAAGGAGCUCGCCAAGCAGGGACACAGCGACAGCCAGUACUGGCUCGGACACUGCUAUUCCUUCCGUCUGGGAACACUCCGCAGCAGAUCAAAGGCGCUGAAGUGGUACUGGGCCUCCGUCGACCAGAACAAUGGAUACAGCAUGUGGGCUCUUGGCGACUGUUUUGCGAUGGGCCUGGGAGUCGUCUGCAAUCCAUUAGCUAGCUUAGAUUGGUAUAUCAAGGCUACCAAACUGGGCUCGAACACCAACGAAGGCAGGGAUAUACUCAUGGAUAUCAUGUUGAUGUUAAACUCGUAGGAUGCUUAUGAGCAACAGCGUCAACAGCCGGCUGAAGGUCGCUCUUGAGAAUAAAGUUGAUCUGGC